CAGGGAGAGACACGGGGAGAGACGCCGCGGGGAGACACGAGGGAGGCGAGGAGACACAGGGAGAGACGCGGGGGAGACGCGGGGAGAGACGUCGAGGGAGGCGAGGAGACGCCGCAGGGAGACGUCCAAGGAGAUCAGGAGACGCGCGGAGAAAAUCAAAGACGCCUGCGAUUGUAAGGAGACAGCCGAGACACGAGGUCACCAGACAGUGGAGACACCGAGACACGAAGAAGAAGACGAAGACGCAGAGACACGCUCAGAGGAAGACGCGGGGACGCAUCCCUAGAUACGGAGACGCGGACGACGAUCGAGUCAAGGACGACACCGGGAGACAACGACCCCAGGUCUAGACGAUAAAACGACAACAACAACUACGACAACAAACUCAAAGCCACAACAAAUCUCUCCCCGCGUCUCUCUGCGCCCUCUCUCCCGUCGACGGCGGCCAGCCGCGGGCCCGCGGCCUCGCCAUGGAUCCUCUCCACCCGUGCCGCGUCCUCCUCUCUCUGCUGCUCUUAUGCUGGGCGCCACUCGCCCUCUCCUCCGCCUCCUCGUCCUCCUCCCAGCAGCAGCAGCAGGCGAGGCCAUGCUGGGAGGCGAUUGUGCGAUGCAGCCAGGAGGCUGAAUGCAAGCGCGCCUACGACGGCUACGUCUCCGCCUGCGAGUCGGUGCGAGGCGGCGGUGGUGGUGGAGCUCUGGAAGGUGCUGGCAGACACGGCGGCGGUGGACACGGCGGCGGUGGACACGGCGGCGGUGGACACCGCGGCGGUGGAGGAGGUUCGGACGACGGCUGGCACGACGGAGGCCCGAUGGGUGUGGGUCACGGUGGAAGAGGAGGAGGAGGGGGAGGAGGAGGUGGGGACCGGUCCGGCGGGGCCGCGCGGUCCCGCUGCCCGACUCUGUGCAUCACGGCGCUGGUCCAACUCAACCAAACCCGCUCGGGACCCGCGCUCGAGAGCUGCGACUGCGGCAGGGAGCCGCGCUGCCUGCGCACGAAGAGCGCCCUGGAGCCCUGCCUGCCGCGCACGUUCACGGCGGCCGCUGACCACGGCGGCGGCGGCCGCCGUCGAGUGGGCUGCACCGACGCGAGGCAUCGGUGCCUGGAGGAGCCGCGCUGCAGCGAGACGCUGGACGAGUACCUGCGGGGCUGCGGGCAGCUCUUCAACGGGGCGCGGUGCUCCCCGCAGUGCCGCGCGGUCAUCGAGCGCAUGCUGAGCCUGCAGGGCGCCCGCCAGCUCAGCGACUGCGUCUGCGACGGCAUCGAGAGGCCGUUCUGCGAGGCGGUGAAGCGCAACAUGGCCGAGCUGUGCUUCGACGGAGAGGACUUCCUGGCCGGCAGCGGGGACUUUGGCUCCUACGGUGGUGGUGGUGGUGAUGAUGAUGACGAUGGCGAUGAUGACGACGGCGGCGGUGGUGGUGGUGGUGUUGGUGGUGGUGUUAAUCAUCGUCAUCCUGGCGAUGGUGGUAGAGGCGGUGGAGGCUACGGAGGAGGUGUUGGAGCACGCCAGGUGGACUGUCCGCCGGGUGGUGCCGUGGCCCCGUCCCGGCACGGGGCCCUGCUCGCUGCCGUGAUGCCGCUGCUCGUGGCCACGCUGCUGAGUUUGACGACCACAUAGAGACAACGCUGCUCGUGGCCACGCUGCUGAGUUUGACGACCACAUAGAGACAACGCUGCUCGUGGCCACGCUGCUGAGUUUGACGACCACAUAGAGACAACGCUGCUCUUGUGCCACGCUGCUGAGUUUGACGACCACAUAGAGACAACGCUGCUCGUGGCCACGCUGCUGAGUUUGACGACCACAUAGAGACAACGCUGCUCUUGUGUCACGCUGCUGAGUUUGACGACCACAUAGAGACAACGCUGCUCUUGUGCCACGCUGCUGAGUUUGACGACCACAUAGAGACAACGCUGCUCUUGUGCCACGCUGCUGAGUUUGACGACCACAUAGAGACAACGCUGCUCGUGGCCACGCUGCUGAGUUUGACGACCACAUAGAGACAACGCUGCUCGUGGCCACGCUGCUGAGUUUGACGACCACAUAGAGACAACGCUGCUCGUGGCCACGCUGCUGAGUUUGACGACCACAUAGAGACAACGCUGCUCUUGUGUCACGCUGCUGAGUUUGACGACCACAUAGAGACAACGCUGCUCGUGGCCACGCUGCUGAGUUUGACGACCACAUAGAGACAACGCUGCUCUUGUGUCACGCUGCUGAGUUUGACGACCACAUAGAGACAACGCUGCUCGUGGCCACGCUGCUGAGUUUGACGACCACAUAGAGACAACGCUGCUCUUGUGCCACGCUGCUGAGUUUGACGACCACAUAGAGACAACGCUGCUCUUGUGCCACGCUGCACCCCGGUCGACGCGCUUUUAUUUAUUAUACAGCUUGAGUGGUGUGUGUCCCACUGUGUGUGAGUGGUGUGUGAGUGGUGUGUGUCCCACUGUGUGUGUGUGGUGUGUGUG